GUUGCCACUCAGUGGCACUAACCCACAGGUGACAGGACCACAGGUCACCGCGUAUAGAAGCACGUGCCUUGUCACAUGACACCCCAUAUAAAGAGCAACACUUGGUUCAAAGUUGGAAUCAAACACCAUCACGGAUACACUUCAGGUGAGAGCAUGCAGUUGCGUCGGAACCGUCUGUAUUCUAAUCCUUCCUCACGCAUCGUAGUCAUGGUGAAAUACUAUGGAUAUAUAGUGAGCGAUAGUUGGUUGCACCAACGAGCCCUUGAGAUAGGUCAUCCGCCCGCCAAGACACCCGAAGACUUGGAUGAUAUCGUUAGCCUUGCGUCGAUAGAUGUCAUGGCAGCGACGGGCGUUAUCUCCUACGCCAGAGUUCGUCGAGUGAAAACUCCCAAGGGCAAAUACUUUUGGUGCAUUGCCCUCGCUUGUGACGAUCCUUGUACUGUGGGGGAACGCAUGUCAACUCACGCGCCACCGGAAGCAAAAUAUAAGGCUUUGAAGGAGGCGCUGGGGAAGGAUGGCCCGCCUCACUGGUAUCGAGCUAUUUGAAACGAAACGUCGUGAGCUUUCCACAUCGCCAAUGGACGCAACUGAUGUUUAUUUGAAAUUUCUUUUAGGGAAAGCACACAUCUCUCCCAGCAUUGUCAAAUGCAUCGCCACAUACCGUCGAAGUUGUCGAAUCCCAGGACGUGGUGGUAUAUUGGCACAUAUGAUUAUUUUCUUCCAGUUAUACGUGUGUAGUUAUACAUUGGCUUGACUUGGAGGAAGGGCCAGGAUACCGAGGAUCCUCUAUAAGCUCCCCCUUUGUUCAGUUCCCACUAUAUCCUGUUGUAUCGAGAAAAUCAUUAAGGAGUGUUGCGAAUUGACGAAAUGAGGCUGCUCAACAUCUG